AUAAAACAAAGCCACGUUAUAAAACAAACAAGUAGUGUAGUUCAUUGGUGUUGCUUGUUCAUGCCUAGCAAAUUCACUCACCUCAUUUCACCAGAGAACCUUAUCAUAGGCCCUUAGCCUUAGUUGGAAGCUAAACAAAUACAAAGCUAAUCUGCAGCAGUUUUGAUUGUGAACUAGCAUACAAGUGGAUCUGAGGUUGAUUAUCUUGUUUCUUGAUGGGGUCCUUUGAGGAGAAUGAUAGUGAUAUCUUCAUGGAGCCUGCAUCUUCUUUGAGUCGAAUAGGUCCUGAAUACCAGGCUGAAAUUUCUUUUGUGAUUAAGAAAUCAGAGCAGCUUCGAAUGAAUCCUGCUGAUUCAGAAUCCGUGCAUGAUAAAUCACGUUCCUUUGAAAUUGGUUUUCCCAUCUCAGUCACAUGGAGUGAUACUGAUACCAAGAGUUUUCUACUUGGUUUGUUUAUUUUCGGGAAGAAUUUUGUUCAGAUCAAAAGAUUCUUAGACAACAAAGGGAUGGGAGAAAUACUUUCAUUUUACUAUGGAAAGUUUUACAAAAGCGACGGAUAUCGUAGAUGGUCAGGGUGCAGGAAGAUAAAAGGGACAAACUGCAUCAUAGGACAGAGACUCUUUACUGGACCUAGGCAACGCAAACUAUUAUCUCGCUUGAUUUGCCGUGUCUGUACAGAAUCACAAGAUGCUUUGUUACAGGUUUCUAAGUCAUAUGUGGAGGGCACAACUUCUCUAGAAGAAUACAUUUCUUCUUUGAAGUCUAUGGUUGGAAUUGGUGCUCUUGCUGAAGCAGUAGGUAUUGGCAAUGAGAAGGGAGACCUUACUAAGCUUGGCGUGGAACAUGGGAAGAACAGUCGAGCGUCUUCAGCUCCAACCAACAAAGCUUUGUCUUCUCUCGGACCGAGUGAUAUAAUACAGUCUUUAACAGGAGGAUAUCGGCUUAGCAAAAGCAAAAGUACUGAACUCUUCUGGGAAGCUGUUUGGCCCCGCUUACAGGCAAGUGGUUGGCACUCCGAGAAACCAAAGAAUCGAGGCUAUGUUACUUCUGAAGAUUAUCUGGUUUUUCUUAUUCCCGGUAUCAAGAAGUUCUCAAGGAGAAAACUUGUUAAAGGUGAUCAUUACUUUGAUUCUGUUAGUGAUGUCUUGAGCAAAGUAGUAGCUGAACCAAAUAUUCUUGGGCUUGAAAAAAGCUUUAAUGAGGAAGAGCCAGAAAAGGGAUCAAAUGAAGGUGAUUUAUCUGAUGAUCAUCGUCAAUGUUACCUCAAGCCCCGAUCUUCUCCUUACAAAAAAGAUCAUACCAAAUUCAUGGUUAUUGAUACAAGUUUGGUGCGUGGCGGUAUGCCAUCUGAUCCAAGGGAAUUGAAAUCUGUUCCUAUUAAUUCAGUGUGUAAACUUGAGGUAUAUGCUGAUGGUAAUAGAUUUAAAGGGAAAAUAUAUAUGAGGAAAGUAAGCCAUAGCACGGAUAUGUCUAAAAGCGUUGAAAAGAAUUCGACAAAAUUAACACUUACUGAUACCAAUAGACUUUUUGAAGGAAAACUAUUGAAGAUGAAACAACUGAGAUAUCCGCCGGUUGAAUUUGACGAUGCUUCUACGAUGACUACUGGUCUUCUGAGAGAAACUAAGGCUGGAUCUUCAACCGAUGAUUUACCAAGGAUGGUGGAAGCUAAGAUGCUGAUAUGUAGCGAAAAUAAAAUCAAUGAAACUGAUAGUUGCACAGGUGUAUCUAACAGCAGCGCUACCAGUAAAAAAGAAGCAUAUGAUAAUCCUUUUAAUGAUACAAACAAGAUGGUUGAAAUCCAGAAAAGUCAACAAGCCAACGUGUUAGACGAUAACCGACUGAAGAGGAUCAUAAAAUAUCAAUUCAAUCGGAGAGUAAGAUCAGGUGAUUCUAAUCAUGUAGCUGUUCCUAUUAAAAGGAGGAGAUUGACUGCUUGUACCAAGGCAGAGAAAAGCCGCGUCAUUGAGAAUUCUUCAGGAGGUUUGGGAUCAGAUAAACUAGGAUUCUCUCGGUCUUCUAGCUUUCCAGAUGCCAACAAAAAUGUUUGUGAUCCAAUUUGUCCUCGGCAGAAUGGAAGUUCAACUGCUUUUUCAACAGACAGAAUUGUGGAAGAGAUUGCCGCUGUCUUUAACUCUCCUAUCAUGAGCCAUAACUCUGAUAUGGUGAGCAAGUUUUUAAUCUCUCCUACCAUGAACAUGCCUGCUGCUGUUCUUGUUCCACCCUCAAAACCUAGCUCCUCUACCCUACCCAAUAUUCCAACACAAAUUGGGUCGAUUGACUCCAUCAAUCAACAAGGAGAACCAAAGGAUAAAGCUGCUGCUACUCAAAAGGAUGUGAGUCGGCUGGAAAAGAAUCAAAGGAAGAUGAGAAAGGAUAUCAAAAAGUUGCUUGCAGGACAAGAAAUAAUUCAAAAGCUUCUCCUUCGCAUCCUUGAGAAUCAAGCUAAUGACAAAAGGGGGAUGGUACCCUUUGAGGAGAAUGAUAAUGACAUUUUCAUGGAGCAUGUGUCUUAUGAAGGCCUUGAUUCGAGUUCUCGAAUAGGUCCUCAAUACCAGGCGAAAAUUCCUUCCGUGAUUACGAAAUCCGAGCAGUUUUCACUUCAAAUGAAUCAUGUUGAUUCAUUAGCUGGGCAUGAUAAAUCACUUUCCUUUGCAAUUGGUUUGCCCAUCCCAGUCACAUGGAUACACAAUGAAAUGGAGGAUAGUGGACAUGGAGACAUCAAUUCAUGUCAAUUGGCCCCUGGCAUAUUGAGUAGCUCCUGGAGUGAUGCUGAUACAAAAAGUUUUCUACUUGGUUUGUUUAUUUUCGGGAAGAACUUUAUUCAGAUCAAAAGGUUCUUAGACAACAAAGGGAUGGGGGAAAUACUUUCACUUUACUAUGGAAAAUUUUACAAAACUGAUGGAUAUUGUAGAUGGUCGGAGUGCAGGAAGACAAAAGGGAGAAAAUGUAUGAUAGGACAGAAACUUUUUACUGGUCCGAGGCAGCAGGAACUGUUGUCCCGCUUGAUUCCUCACGUCUUGGAAGAAUCUCAAGAUACUUUGUUACAGGUUUCUAAGUCAUAUGUGGAGGGCACAACUUCUCUAGAAGAAUACAUAUCUUCAUUGAAGGCUACUGUUGGACUUGGCGUUCUUAUGGAAGCAGUAGGUAUUGGUAAGGAGGAGGGAGACCUUACUAGGCUUGGUGGGGAAAAUGGGAAAAACAGUAGGGCGUUUUCAGCACCAACUGGCAAAGCUUUGUCUUCUCUUGAACCGAGUGAUAUAAUACAAUUUCUGACAGGAGGAUUUAGGCUGAGCAAAACCAAAAGUAAUGAACUCUUUUGGGAAGCCGUUUGGCCCCGCUUACUGGCAAGAGGUUGGCACUCUGAGCAACCAAAGUAUCGAGGCUAUGUGACCUCCAAAGAUUAUCUGGUUUUUCUUAUUCCCGGUGUUGAGAAGUUUUCGAGGAGAAAACUUGUGAAAGGUAAUCAUUACUUUGAUUCUGUUAGCGAUGUCUUGGGCAAAGUUGUAGCUGAACCGAAUAUUCUUGAGCUUGAAGAAGAAGAAGCAGCAGCAGCUAACCCAUCUGAUUUAAGGAAAUUGAAACCUGUUCCUGUCAAUGCAGUUAGUAAAGUUGAGGUAGAUGCUACUGGUAAAAAAUAUAAAGGGCAAAAAUAUAUGAGGAAAGUAAACCGUAGCAAUGAUACCUCUAAAAGCAUAAUACAGAAUUCGACAAAAUUGACAGUUAUUGAUACCAAUAGACUUUCCGAAGGAAAGGUAUUGAAGCUGAAAGUGAAACAAUUGAAAUAUCCGUCAGUUGAAUUAGAGGGUGCUUCUACGAUGACUACUGCUCUUCUGGGAGAAAGUAAGGGCGACUCUUCAACCGAUGAUUCACCGAGGAUGGUGGAAGCUAAGAUGCUUAUAUGUGCCAAAAAGAAAAUCAAUAAAACUGAUAGUCGCAGAGGUGUAUCUAACAGUGGUGCUCCCAUUAAAAAAGAAGCAUAUGAAAAUCCUGAUAAUGAUGCAAACAAGAGGACCGAAAACCAGAAAAAUCAACACACCUAUGUGUUUGAUGAUUAUGAUCAUCUGAAGAGGAUCACAAAGCAUCAAUUCAAUCGGAGAGUAAGAUCAGGUGAUUCUACUGAUGCAGUUGUUCCUAUUAAAAGGAGGAGAUUGACUGAUUGUGCCAAGUCAGAGAAGAGCCGCGUCAUUGAGAAUUCUUCAGGAGGUUUGGGAUCAGAAAAACUUGAAUUUUCUCAGUAUUCUAGCUUUCGAGAUGGCAACCAAAAUGUUUGUGAUCCCGUUAGUCAUCAGCAGAAUGGAAGUUCAACAUCUUCAGCAGACAAAAGUGUUUCUUGUGUUAAAGUUGAGAAAUGUGAAUCUUUCACCUUCAACAUACCUCAGGUUCCAUCGAAGUCCGAAAAUAGCAUAACGAUGGCAGUCGUGGAGGAAAGUGAGCAGGGACUAAAGACAAAAGCUUCAUGUCUAACAUCUGCUACUCGCGAAGUAGUCGAGGAGCCUCUUAGAAUCCCUGUUGGUUCUUUUGAACAAGAACAACAGGCUGAUAUAAUUCCGAGGAGACAAAGCACUAGAAACAGACCAUUGACAGUUAGAGCAUUGGAAUGUAUAGCAAAUGAAUUCCUGCAUGUGGAAAGAAGACCAAAAAGGAAACACAUCCAGACACACAACAAAGAUCCUUUCGAUCGUUAUUGUAAGGCUCGGACAAGAGGCAAAACAAUGCUGCACCAUCAUUGUUCAGAUCAUGGAACUGCUGUUUUGGUACAAGAAGAAAAACAUUUGGAUGGAGAUGGUACAAAUGUACACAAAAAUGGCAAAAGUAUAAAUUAUGUCAUGUGAUUUUUUUUUGUAAAGAUAGAAUAUAGAUAUAGAUAAAUUAUUAUUCGGCUAUCGAUCCUUCAAUAAAAAAUUCUCUCAAGUAUCUAGGGUAGGAGAGAGACUUUGAAGCAA